AUGGCCCACAAGAAGCUCAAGCCCAGAGACACUGCCUACAUGACUCAGGAGCAUAAGGUCAUCGGACAGAGGGGCCCGUGGAGUCAUUAUAUUUCUUUAUCCCACAACCUUAGUGGAAAGGUGUUUGUGUUCCCUAAAUCUUCUAGUGACCAUGUGAACUUGAUCACAAAGCUGAAGAAACUCCUGCAGAACUUUAUCUUGUGUUUUUGAGCCUAAAAUGACCUCUCUCAUGCCUAUAGCCUCUUUUCCUACAGUGUCCAGUACAAUGAUAAUGAGCUACUAAUUUUUAAAGACUGUGGAAAGCGUACUCUCUACAGUAAAGGAACCAUAAUUACCUUCAAAGUUAUGGAAGAAUUCCCCUCCCUGGUGCACAUCUGUACUACCUGGCAGUUCUCCUCUGGCAUUGCCAAAUUUGGGGUUAAUGGGAAGCCCCUGGUGAGAAAGGACUUGAGGCAGGGUUACUCUGUGGGAGCUCACCCCAAGAUUGUCCUGGGAAAGGAGCAGGAUGCCUAUGGAAGAAGGUUUGAUCUGAACCAGUCCUUUGUGGAAGAGACUGGGGAUUUGUACACGUGGGACUUUGCACUGUCUGCAGAAGAUAUGCUGUUUGCACAUCAGGGUUCCUCCUUCAAUUUCAUUAUUUUGAGUUGGUGAACUCUGAGCUAUGCAGUGAAAGGAUAUGUAGUCAUCAAACCCCUGGUGUGGAGCUAA